AUGCCUCACGCGCGAAAUAGGAACCCUAGCCCCAUCCCAGAAGUAACAUGGGACACGGGACUGAAGGAAAUGAACGAAACUUGGAAGGGAGCAAUCGCCUGCCUCGGCGUGGCUGUCUUCUUCGUUAUGACCAUUGGGAUCAUCUACUGGCAAGUCGUGGAUCAGCCCAAUAAAAACUGGAUCCUUAGAGGGAGUUUCAGUGGACUGAUAUGGGAGAGACGGACAAACUCGCUCGUGAUACAAACACUGACAGAAGACAAGACCUUCGUAGAGAUUGACGUCGGAAACGUGGGAAACUCCGAUACAGAGGUGCCCUUCGUCCGAAACCUUUGCUGGCUUAACAAGACCGAGUUCUGUUAUACAUGGGAUUCGUUUGCAGAUGUGAAGAUAUCUCUGGAAUCGGAUGACGCAUCUGGGACGGAGUGCUACAGGAUCAUCUGGACUGCCCUCCAUUGUCAUGUGGACCUGAAGGACUGCUUUUCUAUGGCCAAUGUGUCCUGGUAUGGAGGUGCUGGCGUCCAGGCGCAGAGUUGGCCAAUAAACAGCGCCAACGUCUCCAUGCAACCUUUCACUGUGAGUGACCUGAGAGACAACCCCGCAGGGUAUGGUUCAGUCUUAGAGCGCUACUUCCUGGGGUCUUCAGGUGUGGCCGUACUGGUAGCACCGGAGGUUCCCCUUCAGAUGGGCUUUGACAGCAGGCGCCAGUUCUGCCUUCGCACCGCACCCAGCAUGGAGCUCCAACCACUGGAAUAUGCAGUGUGUGUGGGCCACGAUCUCAAGGCCGUCCACCAGGAGGUGGGGCGUCAGCUCUCCUUGCACGAACGAGUGCUGCCCAACCUGGACAUCUUACGGCUACCCUUCUGGAAGCUGCUGGCGAAGGUGGACUCAGGUGCGAAGGUGGAGAGGGAGCUCAGGACCUUCUCCAACCGCCUCCGAAGACACCGUCUGGGGGAGAGCGUUAUCAGCCUCAAUGAACAUUCCACGUCUCUUCUCUCUGACAUGGACCAUGAAUACAUCUCAGGCAGGAGAAGGACGUCUAAGAGACAGACCAAGGACCUCCCACUGGUGAAGCUUCUAAACAUUUCCGUCACACUGUCCCCUUUCCUGAGCGUGGACACCAGGCAGUUCCAGAUCUCCAUGCAGGAUGGCACAGAGGCCUACUGGCUCAGUGUUCCCACUGCCCCACAUGGACAACUGGUCCCCUUGUUGACCCAGUGGCAUGGAAGUUUCUGUGUGAAGCUGAACAUCACCAACCAAGCCGCAGUCAACUGGUUCCUGGACAAAGUGGCCAGCCUCCAAGCCCGUCUGGACAUGGAGUACGUGUUCCUGGAGGGUGGAGAAGGGAACCUGUUUGAGGAGAAGACCCUGCGGCCACCAAAGGCCAUGGCUGGCGAUGAAUACGUCGGGCUUCUUGCGAGUGUGGCAACAAGGGUGGGCAAUUCAGCUGUCAUGACCUCAGGGACAAGGUCCAGCCAUGUUCCCUUGUUCAUUCGAAUGGCACCCCUGCAGGAUGACUGGACGCACUCUGGGCUGAAAGGGAUAAUUCCAGCUGUCCUUCACCACAGUCUUCUGGGGUACAACUUCUUCAUUCCUGAUGCAGUAGGAGGCUCUCUGUCCAGUGAGUUUGUCACCGAUGAAGAGCUUUUCAUCCGUUGGCUGGAAAUUGUCUCCUUCCUUCCAGUGAUUACCUUCCAGACCCCACCUUGGGUGUGUGGUGAGGAUAGGGUCCUAAACCUGACCCGAUUCUACAUAUCCAAGCACCGAGAAUUUGUAGUUCCCCUCAUAGUGAAGUAUGCAGAUGAAUGGAAGGCACAGGGGAGCCCAAUAUACCGGCCUCUUUGGUGGAUUAGUCCCGACGACGCCCUCACGCACGGGAUCGAUGACGAGUUUUUGAUUGGAGACGAGGUUCUUGUUGCUCCAGUGACAGAGAGAGGGGCCCUAAGAAGAGACAUUUACUUACCAGGAAGCGAUAUUCAGUGGCAGGAUGCAAUUAAUGCUCAUGUUUUUGAUGGAGGGACACUCCUAGAAAAUUACCCAGUUGGUCUUGAAGAAGUUGCUGUUUUCUUACGAAGGAAUUCUUGA